ACCUCUCAGUUUCUCUGAAAUGCAAUAUUGGGGUCUAAUUCUAUAGCCAUUGUUGCCAUUGCCACCAUGGGAAAGCAGAAGCAACAAGUGAUAUCUCGUUUCUUUGCUCCCAAAUCCAAAACCCCAACAUCAUCAACGCCUCCAAACCCUUCAUCAUCACUGCCUUCACCUUCUUCAAGUUUUCUCGUAGUCCCACCAACCCCACCUCCUAAAAUUUCAGCCACGGUCACUUUCUCACCAUCCAAACGCCUUCGUACUUCCCCAGCUUCCAGACCUCCUAAAGUCCCCAAACUCUCUCCCCACACUCAUAAUCCCAUACCCCAACUUCCCAGUUCCUCGCUUCAUCAAAAGUUUCUAGAGAAACUUCUAGAACCCACCUCCCACAUCGCAGAACAGCACAAGACUUCAAGUACUCCAUCAUCAUCAAAAUCGACUGUUAAGUACACGCCAUUGGAGCAACAAGUGGUGGACUUAAAGAAGAAACACCCAGAUGUUCUUUUGAUGGUGGAAGUCGGUUACAAGUAUAGAUUUUUUGGCGAAGAUGCGGAAAUGGCUGCGAGGGUUUUGGGGAUUUAUGCUCACAUGGAUCAUAAUUUUCUGACUGCGAGUGUGCCUACUUUCCGAUUGAAUGUUCAUGUGAGAAGGCUGGUUAGUGCUGGCUUUAAGGUCGGCGUGGUUAAGCAGACCGAGACGGCGGCCAUUAAGGCUCAUGGCUCGAAUAGCAUAGGUCCAUUUUGUAGAGGGCUAUCGGCAUUGUACACGAAGGCCACGUUGGAGGCGGCCGAGGAUGUGGGAGGAAAGGAAGAAGGGUGUGGUGCAGAUAGUAAUUAUCUGGUUUGUGCUGUGGAAAAAAGCGUUUUGGUAGAGAAAAUGGAUUCUAGUUUUGGAAUGGAAAGUGGGAUUGAGGUAAAAGUUGGGAUUGUUGGGGUGGAGAUAUCAACUGGGGAUGUUGUUUAUGGUGAGUUCAAUGAUAAUUUUAUGAGGAGUGGACUUGAGGCUGUUAUUCUGAGCUUGUCUCCUGCUGAAUUCAUUCUUGGGCAGCCACUAUCAAAACAAACUGAAAAGUUAUUGCUUGGUUAUGCUGGACCUACCUCAAAUAUUCGUGUGGAGCGUAUCUCACGAGAUUGCUUCAUGGAUGGUGGUGCACUCGCUGAAGUUAUGACUUUAUAUGAAAAAAUGGAUGACUAUAAUUCACUAGAUGAUUUAAAGCAAAACAAAGAGGUGACUGAAAAGGGAAAUCGUCAUUUGGCAAUUGAGGGAAUCAUGAACAUGCCAGAUUUGGUCAUCCAAGCGUUAGCCCUGACUAUUCGUUAUCUGAAACAAUUUGGUUUUGAAAGGAUAUUUUGUCAAGGAGCUUCUUUUAGGCCCUUAUCCAGCAACUUCGAGAUGACCCUUUCUGCCAAUGCACUUCAACAGUUGGAGUUUCCCUUUCAGGUUUUGCAGAACAACAAUGAUGGGUCCGAAUCUGGCUCUUUGUUGCAGUCCAUGAAUCACACUCUCACUAUAUUUGGUUCAAGACUUCUUAGGCACUGGGUAACACGCCCUUUAUGUGACAGAAACUUGAUUAUUGCUCGCCAUGAUGCUGUUUCUGAAAUUGGAGAAUCCAUGGGAUCUACUCAAGCUUUUCAAGAGGAUGCAGAAAAUGCACAAAUAAAAAAACCAGAGUUUUAUCAUGUACUCUCUUCGGUUUUGACAAAUUUAGGAAGGGCACCUGAUAUUCAACGGGGAAUAACACGAAUUUUCCAUCGGACUGCCACACCAACUGAGUUCAUUUCAGUUAUUCAAGCAAUUUUACAUGCUGGAAAACAACUUCAACAACUUUACAAUGAAGUAGAGGAAGAGAGUAAUGAAUUUCUCAAAACAACAAAUGUAUGUUCUGAGCUAUUAAGGAAGUUGAUACUGACUGCAUCGUCAUCCACUGUGAUUAGACAUGCUGCAAAAUUGUUGUCUUCCCUAGACAAAGAUGCUGCUGAUAAACGGGACCUACAAAACUUAAUCAUUUCUGGUGGUCAAUUUCUUGAGGUUGCUAGAGCCCGUAAAGAGAUUCAAUCGACAAAGGGGGAAUUGGAUUCUUUGAUUACUUUGUUUCGCAAGCAGCUUAGAAUGAGCAAGCUGGAAUUCAUGAGUGUGUCUGGGACAACACAUUUGAUAGAGUUAUCCAUUGAUGUAAAGGUGCCCUUGAAUUGGGUGAAGGUUAAUAGUACCAAAAAAACAAUCCGGUAUCAUCCACCUGAAGUGCUAAGUGCCUUAGAUAAGCUGUCACUGGCAAAUGAGGAGCUUAAUAUUGCUUGUCAAUCUGCUUGGAAUAGCUUUCUAGAGGAAUUUGGUAAAUAUUAUUCUGAUUUCCAAGCCGCCGUUCAAGCACUGGCUGCUUUAGAUUGUCUGCAUUCACUGGCCAUUCUUUCAAGAAAUAAGAAUUAUGUUCGUCCUCUACUCGUAUGCGAUGAUGAACCUGUACAGAUACAUAUCUCUGAUGGUCACCAUCCGGUGUUAGAGAUUAUAUUACAAGACAGUUUUGUCCCAAACAACACAGACUUGCAUGCAGAGAGAGAGUAUUGUCAAAUUGUUACUGGACCUAACAUGGGUGGAAAGAGUUGCUACAUUCGUCAAGUUGCUCUAAUUGCUAUUAUGGCUCAGGUUGGUUCCUUUGUACCAGCGUCAUCAGCAAAACUGCAUGUUCUUGAUGGCAUCUACACCCGAAUGGGUGCCUCCGAUAGUAUCCAACAAGGGAGAAGCACCUUCCUAGAAGAACUGUCUGAGGCGUCACAUAUACUCCGAACUUGCACUGCACGCUCUCUGGUUAUAAUCGAUGAGCUUGGAAGAGGCACUAGCACACACGAUGGUGUGGCCAUUGCUUAUGCUACUUUGCAUCACCUUCUGGAGCACAAAAGAUGCAUGGUCCUCUUCGUCACUCACUACCCUAAAAUUGCUGAGAUCAUAACUAAAUUCCCCAUUUCUGUCGGGGCAUACCAUGUCUCAUACCUUGCUUCACAUAAAACUAAGGGUUCAAUGGCUACUGAAUCUGAUCAUGAUGUCACCUACCUAUAUAAGCUUGUGCCUGGCGUUUCAGAUAAGAGUUUUGGGUUAAAGGUUGCAGAGCUAGCACAGCUACCAUCUUCGUGUAUCCGUCGAGCUUCUACCAUGGCUACGAAAUUAGAAAUGGUGGUAAGCAACAGAACAGGAAGUAAGCAUAGCAACUUGCAGUUGUUAGACUCAACAUCAUUAUAUGAGAAAGAAAAAGAAAAGAGGCUGAAAAUGGAAUCUAGGGAGUGGUUGGGUACUUACAAGCAAUUCAUGAUGGACUUGGAAGCUUUACUAUCUGUAGAAGAUCAAGUAAAGAGCUUCCAACAUUUGGAGGAGGCUAGAGACAUUGCACAGAAAUUGUUAAGCUGCAGGGAUAAUGAUUCUCCUCUUUUAAGUAGAAAUAGCACACAAGAAGCACCAUUGUGAGCAGGGCUUUAUAGAUUCUUUCCACCCUUUUGUAUAUGUUUUUUCUUUGUAAAUAAUUAAUAGAAUGACCUCUGGUUUAUUACAAUAUUUUUAAAUUUGAUUAUAGGCUUCGGGUAAUAUUUUA